GACAAGAUCCUGAAGGAGAAGAGGAGGCUGUUUGUCCGUUCAGUGGCCAUGGGUACGAUCAAUGGCCUCUUGGAUGAACUAUUAGAGACCAGAGUCCUGAACCAGGAGGAGGUGGAGAUAGUAAGAGGUGAAAACGCUACAGUUAUGGAUAAGGCCCGAGCUUUGAUUGACUCUGUUAUUCGGAAAGGGCCCCAGGCAUGCCAAAUUUGCAUCAAUCAUAUUUGUGGAGACGACCCCCACCUUGCAGGAGUCCUCGAACUCUCCACAGGUUCACAAUCUGGAAAAUGCCUUACUGUACAAGAAUCCCAGGCGGUGGUUCCUCCUUUCCCAGCCCCUCAGACAGUACAAGACAACCCAGUUAAGCCUGCAUCUUCAGAGCCAAGAGGGAGCCUCAAGCUUUGCCCCCCAGACAUAGCCCAAAGGCUAUGGAAAGAAAAGUCAGCAGAGAUUUACCCAAUAAUGGAAAAAUCAAUUCGCACACGCCUUGCCCUCAUAAUCUGCAACACAGAGUUUGAAAAUCUUCCCAGGAGAGAUGGUGCUGAUGUUGAUAUUAGAGACAUGAAGAUACUACUAGAAGAUUUGGGUUACAGUGUGGAUGUUAGAGAAAAUCUCACCGCUUCGGACAUGGCUAUAGAGCUGAAGGCAUUUGCUGCCCGCCCAGAGCACAAGUCCUCUGAUAGUACUUUUCUGGUGCUCAUGUCUCAUGGAAUCCAGGCUGGCAUUUGUGGGAAGAAAUACUCCGAAGAAGUCCCAGAUGUAUUAGAAGUCAACACCGUCUUUCAGAUUUUGAACACCUUGAACUGUCCAAGUUUGAAGGACAAACCCAAGGUGAUCAUUAUCCAGGCUUGCCGUGGUGAGAAGCAAGGGGUCGUAUGGAUAAAAGAUUCAGUAGGACCUUCUGGAAAUUCCUCCUUACUGGCUGCAGAAGAUUUUGAGUAUGAUGCCAUUAAGAAAGCCCACAUAGAAAAAGAUUUUAUUGCUUUCUGUUCUUCAACACCAGAUAAUGUUUCUUGGCGACAUCCCUUAUUGGGCUCUCUUUUUAUUAUUAAACUCAUCAAAAUUUUGCAAGAACAUGCCUGGUCCUGUGACCUGGAGGAAAUUUUUCGAAAGGUUCGAUUUUCAUUUGAGCUGGCAGAUGGUAGGGCGCAGAUGCCCACUGCCGAAAGAGUGACUUUGACUAGAUCUUUCUACCUCUUUCCAGGAUAUUAA